CGAACCUACACCGCACUUUCACUUUGUUUUCCGUAAAUAAUAUCACGUCAUUUCGCCCGAGAUCCCCUGUUAGUGAUAACCAAGAGUCUGUAAGCGUGCUGGGUGCACUUUGGCUCAGCUACGGUGCCGGUCGGACCGAUGGAAGAAAUGAUGUGUGAAGGCUGCAGUCCUGACAGCUCUCCAGACUAAACGCAGGACUGAGGGCAACUAUCACUAAUCGCAGCAGACAACUUGGUUUGUAUUGCCUGAGAAUCACCACGGUUAACCUGCCAGUGACCUUUGGAUAUAGGUCUAUAGUGAGGGUACCCAUGAGCUUAUGUGACACUGAGCUCUUAAGUUAGGCCCCAGCCCAGGUAAAGUGCUAAAGAGAAAUUCUUCAGAGGGAUACAAAGGUCAGUUUUCAGAAAUCAGUUAUUUUAUGUUAUUUUUUUCUGGUUCUCUAUGUGUUUGUCAGAAGCAUUGUUGAUACUAUCAGUAAAAUGUGUUGUGUAUAGGUCUCCAUCUAGUUCACAGCGAAUAUUUAAACUCGUGCAUCUUUGUGACAUGUUGGGUAUGACACCAUGAAGUUGUAAAAGUUUCGAAUUCUGAGGACAUUUGUUUAAUGGUCUUAGUGACGUUGCAUUAGUGUUUUACUUUUCUGUGGGGGUAGUAAGACUCCAGUAUAUGACUGACAACUUCUGAGCCAUCCCAAUGUCACUACAGUUUCAGGUUUACUACACAUUACUAUUAGGCCAAUAUUCAAUUCAGUCAGGAGUACAGUACAAAAUAUUUUUGAAGACAAUUCAACCUUUGGUGUACUUUGAAGAUUGUGUUGGUUUUCUCAUAGAAGCUGUAGAAGGCCAGACAAGCUUGUAUGUCCAACCCCUUACGACACUGUAAUGCAUUUCAGUAAAGGAGGACCUUCUGAAAUUAGGCCAUUUCAGCAGGAGAUGUCAACGGCGUUGUGGUGCAGCUGUGUGUCUGUGAAGAGUGACCACUCUAAGGGCGAUGAAGUCACUUGUCACAAAGACAGCCCUCUUUCUGAACCCAAGCCAUUUCAACAAGAGACCCCAACUUCACAUGAGCACAGCUGUGUGUCCAUGAAGAGCGUGUGGUCUAUAGGACGCGAUGAAGAUUUUCGCAAAGCUAAGCCUCCAUCAGGAAAUGGGCCAUUUCAACAAGAGACCCCAACUUCACAUGAGCACAGCUGUGUGUCCAUGAAGAGCGUGUGGUCUAUAGGACGCGAUGAAGAUUUUCGCAAAGCUAAGCCUCCAUCAGGAAAUGGGCCAUUUCAACAAGAGACCCCAACUUCACAUGAGCACAGCUGUGUGUCCAUGAAGAGCGUGUGGUCUAUAGGACGCGAUGAAGAUUUUCGCAAAGCUAAGCCUCCAUCAGGAAAUGGGCCAUUUCAACAAGAGACCCCAACUUCACAUGAGCACAGCUGUGUGUCCAUGAAGAGCGUGUGGUCUAUAGGACGCGAUGAAGAUUUUCGCAAAGCUAAGCCUCCAUCAGGAAAUGGGCCAUUUCAACAAGAGACCCCAACUUCACAUGAGCACAGCUGUGUGUCCAUGAAGAGCGUGUGGUCUAUAGGACGCGAUGAAGAUUUUCGCAAAGCUAAGCCUCCAUCAGGAAAUGGGCCAUUUCAACAAGAGACCCCAACUUCACAUGAGCACAGCUGUGUGUCCAUGAAGAGCGUGUGGUCUAUAGGACGCGAUGAAGAUUUUCGCAAAGCUAAGCCUCCAUCAGGAAAUGGGUCUCUGCUCACUGAGGAAGAUGUCCUUCGAAAGCACAAAUGGAACCUAAAAAGGAAAAGCCAAUGUAUUUUCCAGGAAACAGCACAGCAAGGGCACCCUACACUACUUGGUGACAUCUACACAGAGCUCUACAUCACAGAAGGUGAGAGUGGAGAGGUUAGCAGCAACCAUGAAGUUAAACUCAUUGAGAAAACAUCGGUGAGAUCAGCGACAAAGGACAAACCAAUCAAAUGCAACGACAUAUUUAAAAUCAUACCAGGUCAAAGUAACAUCAGAACUGUGAUGACAAAAGGAGUUGCAGGCAUUGGAAAAACCAUUUCCGUGCAGAAAUUUAUUCUGGAUUGGGCUGAAGGAACAGCCAAUCAGGACAUCCACCUAAUUUUUCCUCUUCCUUUUCGUGAGCUGAAUUUAAUGAAGGACAGAAAACUCAGUUUGCUCAAUCUUCUUCAUCAUUUCUUUAAAGAAAUCGGAGGUUCACAAACUUUUGAAAUGGAAGGCUAUAAAGUCUUGUUUAUCUUUGAUGGUCUGGAUGAGUGUCGACUUCCACUGCAUUUCCAAAAAAGAGAGCGAUGUUGUGACAUAAGAAAGACAGUCUCGGUGGACAAACUGCUGACAAACCUCAUCAAGGGAAAUCUGCUUCCCUCAGCUUUUGUCUGGAUUACAUCCAGACCGGCAGCAGCCGGUCAGAUUCCUUCCCUAUUUGUUGACCGAUUAACGGAGGUACGAGGAUUUAAUGACCCACAGAAGGAGCAGUACUUCCACAAGAGAAUCAGUAACCAGAACCUGGCAAAGAGAAUCAUUGCCCACAUCAAGUUGUCAAGAAGCCUCCACAUAAUGUGUCACAUACCGGUCUUCUGCUGGCUUUCAGCCAUUGUCCUUGAGAGAACCCUGGAUGAUGAGGAGAAUACUGAGACCCCCAGCACACUGACUCAAAUGUACACACACUUCCUCGUCGUUCAGACCGCCAUCAAAAAUGUAAAGUAUCAGGGGACACAAGAGAAAGACGAGGUGAUGAUUUUCAAACUGGGAAAACUGGCCUUUUUGCAGCUGAGCAAGGGCAACAUCAUCUUCUAUGAAGCAGAUCUGAAGAAAUGUGGGCUUGAUGUCAGAGAAGCAUCUGUGUAUUCGGGAGUGUUCACCCAGAUCUUUAGAGAAGAGUUUUGCUUAUCUCAGAGAAAAGUGUUCAGCUUUGUGCAUUUGAGCAUUCAGGAGCACCUUGCGGCCUUGUAUGUGUUUUUUGCUUUUAGCAAGCAAGACCGCCCAACCGAUCCAACCUCUGAUCUUGCAGUUCUGCUGAGAGCUUCGACAGUUUGUGAGCUCCACAAAACCGCUGUGGAUAUGGCUUUAAAGAGUGAGAACGGCCACCUGGACCUUUUCCUCCGCUUCCUUCUGGGCCUGUCACUGGUGUCCAAUCAGCCUCUCUUGCAGGGCCUUUUUGCACAGUCAGGGUGCAGCUUGCAGAGUAAUGAUGAAAUAGUCCACUACAUCAAAGAGAAGAUUCGAGAGGAUCCCUCUUCGGACAGAAGAAUCAAUCUGUUCUACUGUCUCACGGAACUGAAUCAUCAUUCUGUUGUGGAGAACUUGGAGAGGAGCUCAGGAAUGCUGUCUAUCGUCAUGCUCAUACCGGAAUUGUGGUCAACUCUGACCUUCAAGUUUCAGACCUCAGAAGAAGAGAUGGACUGCUUUGAUUUGAAAACAUGCAUACGAACACCAAAGAAUUGCUUGAAAGAAUUCCUUGGUCCAGACGAGGUUCUCUCAAGGACGCUGCCAGCUGUGAAGGCAGCCAGAUCAGCAGAGCUGAAGGGUUGUGGACUCACAGAGAAAGGCUGUGAAGCACUUGCUUUGGCUUUCAGUGAAAACCGAUUAGAACUCCGAGAGCUGAACCUCAGAGAAAACAGGUUGAAGGAUUCUGGAAUGAAGCUGCUCUGUGCUGGACUGGCAAGUCCGUACUGCAAACUGGAGAGACUGGAGCUGCGAUACUGUAAUCUGGGAGUGGGAAGCUGCGAAGAUCUCGCUUCAGCCCUCAGCUCCGCUUCCUCCAGACUAAGGGAUCUUAAUCUGAGAGACAACAAGCAUAUGCUGGAUUUAGGGAUUAUUCAUCUUUCCAAAGGUCUGAAGAAUCAAAACUGUAAACUUGAGAAGCUACAGCUGUCGGGUUGCAUGCUCUCCGAGAUGAGCUGCGGUGCGCUGGCUUGUGCUCUUGGCUCCAACCCUUCAGGUCUGAGGGAGCUCGAGCUGAGUUGUAACAGGGUGCUGGACGCAGGCGUGGAGCACCUCUCCGACGGGCUGCGGGGUCCGCACUGCAAACUCGAAAAACUCUUCUUGUGUCGCUGUCACCUCACAGAGAAGAGCUGCGGGGCCCUCGCACGCGCGCUCCAGCCCAACUCCUCGCGACUCAGGGAGCUGUACCUCAGUGGCAAUCAAUUGCACGACGCAGACGUCAAAGCGCUCGUUGCGUUGAAGAAGACGCCACACCACAAACUGGAGAAGCUCAUUUGGUAGUACACACCAGCCGCGAGUGUUUCCGUGCCAUCUGCAGGAAGGGCGCAGAGGACUGGAAAGGCACUCUACCCAGCAACACGACCACAUGGACAUCCAGACAACACGAGAAAGAUGCACGAAAGCAGAACACGAAGUGCUCCACACAAACGGAUUUACAAAGACAUAAACUUAGCAACUGAGUUCAGCAUCUAAGACUCAUUCUGUGCCUUUUUUUUAUUAAGGUAUGUUUGUAUUUUUUUUAACCGUAUUUUCUUAACCAUACAUAUGUAACUCCAUAUUUUAACAGUUUCUGUGCAGAAGUGCGAUUGGUCAAACUACACUUAAUUUCUAACACUGGUCCACUUUACCCCUCACUAACAGGAAAUGUUGUAACAGCGAGGACGCAUGUUGAGCUUUAUAUAUUCACAGCAAAGAUAGAUAGAAUUUAUCCAAAGCAGAUUUGCACUUGUACUUGCGUAAGGAAUGUUUCAUAAAAGAGAAAAAGAAAUCAAAUAAUAAAUGCUAAUGGUUGCAUCGCAUUGUGUCAUGCCACAGGAGAAAUGGAUUAUAAUAAUAUUAUCUAAGACAUAGUUAAUAGAAAAGUAUAUUAAAUUCACUUUAAAUCAUGAAA